UGGGGGGUAGGAUAGGAAGAGGAAACUGCAAGUACUAAUUAGAUUUUUACCAGUGAAACUUAUCUUUGAACUUCCUUGCAGUUCAUAUCAACCAAACACCAAUUCCUUCACAUCAACGCACUGUUCGACAUCUAAGGAGCAUUCUCAUACUCUUACUGUUCUCUAUGCUGAUAUCCCUCUUCACAUCUAGAUCAAAAGGAUAGAAUUUGUUUUACUUUCUUUAGUGUUUGAUAAACGUCCUCAGUGAGUUUUGGAUUCUCAUCAGUCUUAGUUUCUUUGUUCGUUAUUGGUUUUGUGAGUUUUUGAGAGAUGGGAUUGAGUUCCAAGCAGGUUUCAAGUAGCGGACUUGAUUGGAGCCAGACCUUGUUGCAGGCUCAAACACUGGAGUUACCAAAACCUCCAUCACUGAAGAGGCCACAGAACCAGAACAACCAGAAUCAGAAUCAGCAAUCUGAGCCAGUUAAUUGUCCCAGGUGUGAUUCAACAAACACAAAGUUCUGUUACUACAAUAACUACAACAGGUCACAGCCUAGACAUUUCUGCAAAGCCUGCAAGAGGCACUGGACUAAAGGUGGCACUCUUCGCAAUGUUCCAGUUGGGGGCGGCCGCAAAAAUAAGCGGCUAAAAACAUCUAACACCACAACCACCGCCAGCACCAGCGCUGCUUUCACAACUACAAUUAGAAACGGUAACAACAAUCCGCCAAUCUCUCAGGCAGUUGUUGCUCCAUCAUCAUCGAUGCUGCAACAGAACUUGAUCAAUAGCAGCAACUUGGGUUUGGAUAGAAAAAGUACUUUCAAUAACAAUGGUGUGUUUGUGGGUUCUCCUUUCUCUCUGCCUCAAAAUCAAAGUCUGCAGAUUCCCUUCUCAAGUUCAAGUGGGUUUGACACAAACCCAUCUUCAGGUUCAUCCUCUUUUCAAUUUUCAAAUGUGUAUAAUCAAACUGGAGAAGAUCUAACCAUUACAAGCUUCUUACCCCCGAUGAGCAGCAGCACAUUCACACAGCCCUGGCAAAGACCUCUGACAAGCGGUGGCAUGGAUACUACUACUAGUUCAGGGUACUGGAAUUGGGAGGAUAUAGACACUUUGGUCUCGAGUACUGAUCUAAAUAUUACAUGGGAUGAUUCUGAGAUCAAUCCAUGAAGAGUUUUUUAGCCAUAUUUUGCAGUGUCUAUAUAUGUCUUUUAGUUUCUUAAUUGUGACUCUAUGUUUGAAGGAGUUCAGGAUUAUUAAUGAGUGUGGCUUAUGUUUUGGUAUGUAUGUCAGGUUAUUGUAUUGUACAUAUAUCCGUCUCUCUUAAAGAUUAUAAUGAGAUUCAAGUUGUAUUGAAGCUGUCAUAAUUUUUAAUUUCAGCUUCAUUCGAGAAAUUAAUUUGUGUUGCUACUUGCUUU